AUGGGGACUGAGGUUGCAAGGCCACAAGAUUGCCUGAUUGAAAGAAUCAGAGUUUCUCCCUGUCGUCGGAGAAAUUAUUACUAUGGAAACGGAAACGUUUCUAACCCUAACGCUUGUAGCACUAACAGCUACUGCAACAACAGCAACCCUAGGUUUAACAGAAAACCAACAGCGGUGCGGUUUGAGAGAUCGGGCCAGAGAAAGAAACAAUCAGAGCCUUCGAUCUCAAAGAAAUCAGGCACUGUUGAUGAUCUCAAGAUCCCCAGGAACAACAAGGUGAUGGAGAAGGUUACGAUUUUACGGCGAGGAGAGUCGCUAGACACGAAGAUCAAGAGCAGCGAGACUGCGUCCUUGAAGAAGAAACAAGGAAAUGGUGGUGAUUUUGUUGUUGCCAGCACGGACCGAUUGGGUCCGGACCCUAAGGUGGUUUCAAAACAGAUCAGGAUCGUGGAUCUGAGGUCUCCGGUGAGUGGAAAGUGUGACAUGUACGCCGGAUCGGCUUUUGCAGUGUCCCCGGCGCCGAGUUCGCUUCCUUUGCCGUCUUUUUCGAAGAAGAAGCAGGUUUCAAUUGAUGACUCGGCCACCAGGGAUCUAAGGCGUCUGCUUCGACUCGAAUGUUGA